UUUUGGAUGAGAGACUAAAUAUCAAGGCACUUACCUCCUGGUGGUGGAGGGUCCGAGUUAUGAUCAUGGCUGAGUUUGAGAUGAUUAUUCUUUCUAACACGAUCAAAAACAAGGGCAUAACUGUCUUUAGAUUUUAUGCCUUUUUUCAUUGAUUCCCUGAUCGAUGGGAGGCAGAGUGCCCUGAUUAGACAAAAACAUAUCAUGUGUACGUUUCAAUGAUCGAAAGACCAAUGUAUGGACCGAAUGGCGUUGGACGUCCUGAACGAUGAAAGGUUAUCAUUUGGAAAUAGAAGAGCUCAGCUGGCCACGCGGUGGCAGUGACGAGGACCAAAAAGCAGCAGCCUGCCUGUUGCCAGUUAUUGAUCUGACAGCAACACCGCAUUGCCGUUGAGAGUGGGAUUAUUGUCACGCAGUUUAUCGCAGUUCAGAAGAGGAAAAAUAAAAAAAAACGUUAGUGAAUGAACAAUUUUUAAACAAAAUGUCCGAAUUACGUGUAUAUAAAUACAAAAAACAAACGGUAUUCUCGGGUCGUUGAAUAUUCGCAAAGAAAAAGGUUCUCUUAAAUAAAAUAAAUAUGCUUAACAUUAUCUGUAACGUUUUCGUUACAGCUGCUGAAGGCCAAACGUAAAUGUUGCAAUUUCACGUCUGCAAAUAAAUAAAAUCAGCUAGUAAAAAAAUUGGCAUUAUCAAAACGGACUAUACCAAGGCAAACCGGACUGACAUUCAAAAAAAGUUAGAACCUCUAAAAAUCGUUAAAAUCCAAAAAGUAUCCUUCUAAAAAACGUUGAAUACAAAAACUAUAAUUGUUUCAAUUAAAUGAAGUGAUAUUAGUACAGCAUCUGGUGUCACGUACGUCACGUAUAUUACAUUCUACGAACAUAUUCGAAACGAAUCUGAGCGCAGUCAACAAAAAAAAAAAACGUAUAACAGACAUCCAGAGAAGCGCGAUAAAAAAAAUUAAAGAGUUGAACAAUCAAAAUUAAGGGAAGAAGAAAUAUUUCCGACCAUUUAAACGAAGAGAAUUUUAACCAAAAGUCGGUAUAAAUGUCAUCGCGUUUAUUAACUAUAUCCUUACCCUAAACUGGAACGCGGGCAUUUUAACCCCCUCCUUCCCUACUUCCCCCGGUUCCUAAUAAAAUUUUCAUCGUUUAAAACACGAUGAAAAAGUUCACAUUUAAAGGUGUUCUUGACGGGUUUCGUUCAUCGGUUAGUCAACAGGUGAAACCGGAGCAAGAAAUCGUCGAAACACUUCGGCCCGAUCAUUUUAACGUUAAAAAGACCUUCAGGCACGGUUUUCCAUUUCAACCGACCGCUAUCGCAUUUGACCCUAUUCAACGGCUACUAGCGAUUGGUACAAAAACAGGCUCGCUGCGAAUUUUGGGAAGACCAGGUGUCGACGUUCACGUAAGACACGAUGGAGACUCAGCUGUACUUCAAAUACAGUUUCUUGUCAACGAAGGAGCCCUUGUUUCAGCCACUGCGGACGAUACUUUGCACUUGUGGAAUUUUCGACAAAAAAUACCACAGGUUGUGCAGAGCCUUAAAUUUCAACGAGAAAGGAUAACUUUCAUGCACCUACCACUGCAAAGUAAAUGGCUUUAUGUUGGAACCGAACGAGGAAAUAUCCACGUCCUACAUAUCGAGACUUUCGUCUUAUCUGGCUAUGUGAUAAACUGGAAUAAAGCUAUAGAAGUGUCGAGGAAAACCCAUCCAGGGGCUGUCAUUCACCUGAGCGAUAAUCCUCUCGAUCUAAGCAAGAUGUUAAUUGGAUACGAGUCUGGUCAAAUAGUCUUGUGGGAUUUGCGGCUGAAAAAUCCUGACUACAGAUGCCAAACCACAGAGCCCCUGAAAUCAAUAUCAUGGCACCACGACGGUAAACAAUUUAUGUGCAGUCACACCGAUGGUUCACUUUCAACUUGGGCAUUGCGCCAACUAAAACCCAUAAACGUGACGCACCCUCAUGCUAAAACUACCAAAGACGGUGUCCCCGAACCUUGCAAACCGAUUCAGAAAGUUGAAUGGAAGAUAUCAAGAUCUGGGGAAGCUUACGUUAUAUUCUCUGGAGGACUAGCGUACGACACAACAGGUCGAACACCGAGUAUUACUGUCAUACAAGGCAAGACCACGACGGUAUUAGAAAUGGAACAUAAUGUCGUGGAUUUCGUAACGUUGUGCGAAAGUCCUUGGACCAGCGAUUUUCAGGACCCGUACGCCGUCGUGGUUCUACUCCACAACGACCUUGUCGUGAUAGAUCUUCACUCUCCGGGAUUCCCUUGCUUUGAGAAUCCAUAUCCGAUGGACAUCCACGAGUCUCCUGUAACCUGCUGCGCAUACUUUGCUGACUGCCCUUCGGACUUGAUACCCGCUUUCUAUUCCGUUGGUUCAAAAAGUCAGAAACGAACGGGUUUUAGCGAGAGCGAUUGGCCGAUAUCCGGAGGUGAAUGGAGCCCGACUUCGAGUAGUUACAACGAGAUCGUCCUCACCGGCCAUGCCGACGGCAGCAUAAAAUUCUGGGACGCUUCGGCCGGUACGCUUCAAGUUUUGUAUAAAUUAAAAACUGGAAAAGUUUUUGAGAAAGCCAAAGCGCGAAGUUCCGAGUCGGACGAAGAUCCUCUGGCCGUACAGCUGAUAUUUCUCUGUCCGGAGAGUCGAAAGUUGGCCAUCGUUGGCUCCAGCCGAUACGUUAUUCUCUUUCAGUUCAAAAAAUCUGAAGACCAGUCGGAGAUUGUUACCCUGGAGAUCCCUAGCGCGCACGAGUUUUCUGCCGAGACGGAGUGUUCCCCGGAUUACGAAUACCCUCCGAGAAGCAGCCUCGCAAAUGAGGGAGAAGAUUUGAGAAACCCAUCCCUCGAGUACAGUUUUCCGCUGAAAGUCAAAUCUGGACCACAAAGACGGGCUCCGGGAUUCCAACCGACGAUGGUCUGUCUCUCUCCGUGGAUCAACGGAGAGCAACCGGGAAACAUAAAUGCUUUGAGUCUCAACUCUUCUUACGGCUUAAUGGCUUACGGUACCGAGACCGGGCUAGUGAUUGUGGAUAUAAUUCAGAGGUCUCUACUCUUGAUCGUGACGACGCAAGAUCUGUACGGAAGCAUGGAUCCCUCUCAGCGCUCGCUACGGAGUCCGAAGCGAUACGACGAACGACGAGACAACGAGGACAAAGCACGUAGUCCCAGCGUUGACCAGAUUCAGUACGUUCACAACGAGACAAAUGUUGGUUCUGAGCCCGUACACGUUUCUUCGGAUGAGACGACGACGGGAUUGGGGAAAUCUUCGACGCCUGCGUUGCCUUUGUCGUCUACAAGUUCAACAUCGACUCGCGGCGGGGACUGCGGAAGCGACAACGACACCGAGGAACAAUCCGGAGAGCAAAGUGGAAGGAAAAAAACAUCCUGGAAAGGUUUCAAUUUAAAACGUCAAUUAAGUAGAGUUGAUUUAAAGAUAAAAACAACUUUUGCGAGUGGCUCACAGUGUCCAGUCCAACAGCAACAGCCUUCGAUUCACCACCAAAAACGACACUCCGUUAUUUCUCACGGGCAAAGCGAUUCGGUAGCCGCAAGCUCACCACCGACCGAUGCUUCCAACGAAGCGUCGUCCUUGUUCGCCUCUUGUCCACCGCGUCACGAAAUAUUCGAAGAAAUACCCGAGACCGGCGAGCCGACAGAAGUUCAAGACAAGGAUAACGGUGGCGAUAACAAUGGUGCUAAUUGUCCAGAUGAAUCCGUUACAACUUCAUCCUCGGUUGUAAACGAAUCGUCGAAUAUUUCGACCGCGGAGGAAUCCCUCGAAAGGCCUGACGACCUCCCCUUAUUCCUCGAUUACGAAGUGAUGCCACCGAUAAGGCCUAAGAGGGAUGUAACUAAAAAAUGGCACCAUCAAAAGAGAGAAAACCGUUUGCUCUCCGUACCAUAUAUUAAGUACCAGAAGAAUGAGGGAAAUUUUUCAGAUCUAAGAUCAAAAGAAGAUGGGGCACCACCCCCUUCGUUUGCUGGGAAUUUGAUGAGAAGAUUCAGCCGGUCAGAUAAAUUGGACAGUUCGUUCACCCGCUCAAGGAGUUCCAGUAUGUCAUCGUUGGAAAAUAUAACGGAAACUAUAAACUGCCUCGUAUUCGCAGAUUCGUAUACAAAGAAGAAUGAUGCCACAGCCCUUCCUACUUUGUGGAUCGGAACUUCCCUUGGCUCUAUACUUACGGUUGUGUUCAGCGCACCAAUUUGUGGGGAACAGCGACACGCACAGCCCAUACACGUUGCUAACUACAGUGGAUCCAUGUUCAAAUUGAAAGGGUCAAUGCUCACCAUAUCAUUUCUCGAUUGCAACGGCGCGCUGAUACCUUAUUCCUACGAAUCUUGGAGAGAAGAACAUUCGGAUAGUAAAGAUCGUAACAGAACUCCGACCAAAUCGGCUAGUUCAGGCGUAUCUCCGACGUUGAAUGUUCAAGUAUCAGGCGAAGGAUUCGGAGACAGGCAAUUCGUUGUAUUAACAUCGGAAAAACAAGCCAGAGUCGUCGCUCUUCCGUCACAGACCUGCAUGUACAAACAGCAGCUCGCCGACACAGAUUUUGUAAUAAAGGCUGAAAUAACUUCCUUAAAAGAUAGCGUUUGUUUAGUGUGCUACGUUUCGAGCGGACACAUAGUGACUUACAGCCUGCCAAGCCUCAGGAUAUUAACCGACGUUGAUUUUCUACCCCUAGUAGAUCUCAGUUUUCAGACUACAAAACGUGGCAUAGAAGACCCCAUGUUGUCGAUAUGGGGACAACAGCUAUUUGUCAAUGAAGAUACCGAUCUAAUCGCAAGAACGUUCUGCUUCAGCAACAAGGGACACGGAUUGUAUCUAACGUCUCCAACGGAAAUACAAAAAUUUACAGUGUGCAAUGAAUUCUGGGCGGAUAUGACCGAAAUGAUGGGCGAGAUAUUUAUUUGCCAAGAGAUGCCGGAGCCGCCAAAAGAGAGCUUUCUACGUGGACUGUUUGGAGGUGGUUCCAGAAGUCUUGACAGAGAAGAACUUUUUGGAGAAUCUAGCGGUCGAGCAUCCCGCACAGUGGCAAAGCACAUUCCAGGUCAAUGUCCUAACAACAAUGGAUUAAGAGAGAAGGCUAAUGUUGCGAUGGGUGACGUAGGUCAAGCACAUCAAAUGGUAUUAGAACGCGGUGACAAAUUAUCGCAACUCGAAGAACGUACAGCACGUAUGAUGUCAGAGGCGGAAACAUUUUCACAAUCUGCCCACGGUAUAAUGCUUAAAUAUAAAGACAAAAAGUGGUAUCAACUAUGAAAAAGUUUACCUAACAAUAAUUCGCAGGACGAUGUAAAGAGCCGAGCGUAGAUUAUACCGUGAUUAGCAUUCAUAUUUUGCCCGUCCCUGAAAUUCCCUCAUUUUCCAAAAAACUCGAACUCUCUAAAACCACACCUCCUUCUCCUUCUCCUCAGCCCUUUUAUCCUCAUGCCAAUCGUAUUCUGUUAUUUAAUUUAGUAUAAAAUGAAAAAGUUAAUAUUUACAAUGUAUAAAGCAAUUUCAUGAAUUAGUAUAUAGUUGUGAUAUAAAAUAAUAACAACAACAACAACAACAACAAUAAUAAUAAUAAUAACAAUAAUAAUAUUGAAUAAUGAAUAAUACCAAUUAACAAUAAUUAUAUAAUAAUCAUUAGGAUUGUUAUAACAAGAAAAAAAACAAUAAUAUUAAUAAUAUUAACAACAAUAAUAUAAAUAAAUUACAUAAAUUAUUAUAAACCAGAGAAGGGAAAAAACAAAACAAAACAAUACAUAAUAAUAAUCAUACAUACAGUUACAGAGCGUCCGGCAUAAGACGUCGUUUGAAAUUCAGUUUUAACAUAAUAAUGUGCAACUUAUCAUUGGAGAUUUCUUGAUUCAUUAUUUGCAAGAUUUCCAAUUACUUGAGUGAGUUCAUCAUCGAGGCCUGUCGAUAAAAAACCAAUCUUUUCCAGGAUGUGAAAUCAAUAAUGGAAGGUAACAUAAAAAAAAAGUUAUAGGUUAUCUCGAGUCACAGGAUUUUUUUUUUUAUUUCAAAUAUUGUACAAGUACAUAUUUUUUCGAAUUUCCGACGACAUCUUUGACGUAGUACACAUAUGUAUGUAUAUUAAUAUAAUAUAAAUAUGUAUAUGCAUAUAAAUAGGUGGUGUGUUGAUAUUUCUAUCAGUUCUCGACUAAAAUUAAUGAUUCUGUUUGGCUAUAUUAUAUAAUUAUAUAUAAAUAUGUUAUAAAUAUUUGCAAAAUAAAAAAAAACGAAAAGAAACAAACAAAAAAAAAUAAUAAUAAAUAAAUAAAUAAUAAAAAAAACAUUGAAAAAAAAUGAGUCUAAUGUACGUAGGACGUGCAUUCUUUGACGUGUGAUAUUAAUCUAUUAUAAUACACAUACAUAUAUUAUACUAAAAAUAAUAACUAAUAAUAUAAUAAACGCACAAUUAUAAGAAAAAAAAAUCUAACGGUUGCAAGAGAAUUUUCAAACUCCUGCUGCAAGGGUGAAAAAGGCUGGGGAGAGGGAAAGCGUUGAAAGAUGUAGUAUCAAUUAAAAAUAAAAAAAUAUAAAAAAAAACGUUUUUGAACCUUUGGGAAUGUCAACACACCCGCCUAUGAAUGCAAUGUAAGUUCUAUAUAUUAUAUAUAUAAAAAAAAAACUUGACACAAACAAAAAGUAAAGAAACGAUAAAAAAAAAGAUAAUAUGUAAUAGUCAAUAUAUGUAAUUAUAAAUUUAUGUUUCUUUAUUCGCCUAUAAUAUACAUCUAUUAUGAUUUUAUCGUAGAACCGUUUUGUAUUCAAAGCAACUCCGUACGAACAGGGUGUUCUUGAAUUACGUACAAUAUACUAUAAAUAUUAUAAAACAAAACUAUAUUAUCAUAAAUUAAAACUUACUAUAUUCUAAGAAACUAACAAAAAGGAAAGAAUGGAAUAAAAGACAACAGAUCAACAAAUUCACAAACAACUAUUAAACAGAAACAAUAAAUAUAUACAAAUAAGCUUCUUCAGUUGUGCAGUGAGUCUUUGAAAAAAAAAAGUAUUCCAAAACUCAAAUCAAUUCAACUUUUGCAUUAUAAAUAUGAAAGCUAUGAAGAUUAAGUUUCAAUUUAUUCAUUAAUGCUUACUGAAAGACUUGUUUUUUGUUCGUUACAUUUUAAUAAUAUCUGAUAUUAUUUGAACACCUCGUCACUGUUUCUACGUUUGGCGAUUCUCAAGAAUCUCACACUCCUAUUGAAAAAUAAACCUUUGACAAAUAUGUCAUUACACGUAUAAUAUAUAUGAAGCAAAGUAAUAAAAAAAGCAGAAAAAAAACAAAAAAAAUCUAUAUAUUUGGAGAGACUGUUAUAGUAUACCCAAUCAGUCUACGAAAAAAAAGUAAAAUAAAUAAUUAAAUAAUCUGAUUAUUAAAAAGAAUAUAUCGAUGAUGAAUUAUUGUUGCCGACAGAAUUUUUGUUGGUAUUAUGAAAAAUAAUUUAAAUAUAAUUAUUCUACGAUGCAUAUAAAUGAUAUUUAAUAUAGUUUUCAGCUGUUGUCUUCGAUGAUAACAAUAUUUUAUUGAUUAAUGAUGAUGAAGGAAGAAAAAAAAACUGAACAAACACAAUUUCUAAACACUUAUAAUUAUACAUAUAAUAUAAAUUACCCAUACAUACAUUACAUCGUCGAUCACGAACAAAACUGCCGGACAGUAGUGACGACGAAGUGUAAUCAUUCGACUCGAACACCCUGUAUAAAAAUAUAUACCUAUACAUAUUAUACAAAUUGAAUAUAUAAUGAAAGAAUAUAUAUAUAUAUAAUAUAAAUACAAUUAUUGAUGAACCAUUUAAGUUAAUCAUUAAGAUGAAAAUGUUGAUAGAGAAAUUUUAGUUUAUCAAUCUUUUACUCCUGAAUAUAUUGAAGAAGAAGAAAAACAAGAAAGAAAGAGAAAGAAAAAGUAAAUAAUAAUUAUAUUAACAGUAACAACAGUAAUAUUAAUGAUUCUUGAAUAAAUUGUAAUAAAUACAUUUAAAAAAAAAAUAUAUAUAUAUAUAUAUAUACCUAUAUACCGUAAUAUGUAUAUAUACGGAAUGUAAGAUUAUCAUAUUAUAAAUAACAUAUUUAAAUUGUAUACGUAUAUAUACAUAUCUACACGACCCGUACAUCAUAAUAAAUUAUAUAUCAUGUGAGCUUACAUGUAAUCAUGGAGAAACAGAAAACCACUUUAAAAAAGAAAUAACACGGGGAUCGAACAGAGAAAAAUCUAACGAAAAAAAAAAGAAAAGAACCAUGGAGAAAGAAAACCAAAAAAUAAAAAAAAUAAAAAUAAAAAAAAAUGGACGAUGCGUUUACUAUGAUGCUAAGUGUAGAAUAAUGAAAAAAAACUUGUUGGAACUAUUAAAAAAAAUUAAAAAUUGAAAAAAAAA